CGUCAGAAGACCUCGUUUAUUUAUUUAUUUUUUAAAAAAUUUAAACAACAGCUGCAAAUUAAACUGAGUGUUACAACAUUGACAUGGUUAUAUUAGUUGUUUUUACCGAGAAAUCGAUCAGAAGCGACGUGGAAAUGAUCAGAUCCGCCUCUUUCGCCUCUCUGGCUGUAAUGCGCGCAGGGGAACCGAAUUUCGCACAAGACCUGCAGUUUCUGACGUCAGAGCGACGUAGCGUGCGCACGCAACAACCGCGAAAAAAUAAAAACAACAAGUGCGGGAUAUUUUAGUUGCUAAUUUAGAGGUAGCUGAAUAAACAAGAAACAAGGUGGACAAACAUGGAGGGAGCGUCGACGAGGGGUGUUUUGAGCCACCUGAGUCUGCUGGAAGUUCAGGCCCGGAGCCGGGGAAGUCAGGUCCCACAGCAGCCGAGUCGAGUGAAGGAGCUAAAGGCUAAAGUUGAAGCGUUGACCUCGCAGAGAGACCAGCUGAAGGCAGAGCUGCAGAUACACAAGAAGCUUCAGAAACUGAGAGCACCUGCAGGCAAAUUGCAAGAAGAUGGAGAAGACGAGGAAAUGGACGUAGACUCGGAGAGCUCAGAGUUGUUCCACCUGAUGGCCAGACACUCUGAGCUGACGGAUCUUCUUCAUGCUCACAACCUUAUUGGUGGGUAUGACACCGUCGCAACAAACAGAGGGAAAGGCAUGUGCUUUUCCCUGACGACCGAGUACGAGGGUGUAUAUUUGGACACCUACAACCUGGAGCUCAACCUGAAGCCAAACGUUAGGAUCAGCCGCCACAACAUCCCGCCUUUCAUUCCUCUGAACAGCCUGGCUGAGCAGAGCGACUUGCAAACCGACCUCAGGGCUUUCCUGGCCACAGUCAGCCAGCAUCUGAAUGCGUUUGCAGGCCGCAGGCAGCAGCUGAAGCUUGUGAAGGAGCAGCAUAAGUCCGUUGAAGUGAUGGAGAGCAAUCUGUUGUGUUCGAUACUGGUGCUGAUGUUCACUGUGCCCAAGGAGAAGACACCCUUGCUCUGCACGUUGGAGUACACUGACCACACCAGGUGUCUUCCUACUGGAGUCCACCUGAACUGCGAAGUUCAGGGCUGGAUUCACAGCUACCCCCAGAGUUCAGACCUGAUGAGUACUUUGUAAUAUGUUUUAAAAUCUAAAAUAUUCUAGUAUUUUAUAUUUAUUACAAUUGCACAUGCAACUUUUUAUAUUCUCUUACUUAGACUAAAGUAAAUAAUUUUUGUAAAGUCUUUUAUACAUGUGCGCUUUUGCAGACGAACUACUUCCCAACUCUUCCAAGUGGAAGAAAAACUGCAGCCUGCUGAUGGAGGUUCCUGUGCACAGAGCUAUAACGGCCAUAAAGAAAGCUAGCGAUAUUGUUUAAUUUAUUCUCCAGUAUCUAAAUUAUAACUGUUGGAUAUACAUAGUACAGAAGUUUGCUCAAAAGGUCAGUUUUGUGUAAAAUUGACUUUUUUUUUUAACCUUUCAGCAUGUCACAAUGUUUUUCCCUCAUCACAAACUGUCGCGCUGCCCUCUGUCAUAUGAAUUUAACAAUCUCCUCUCUAUUAUUGUUUCUGUCAUGGAAGCAUUCUGCAGGUGCAGCUCUGCUGUUUAUCCAGCGUUUUUUAGUUUAUUCUGGAGCUGUAGCGCCCCCUUCUGGUUCAGGACUAAUAUCUCAAUUCUCCCUUCAGCACAAGUCCACUAUAUAAUUGUUCCAUCGUCUCCAAGAACUGAAAGAAGAAAACUUUCCAUUUUUUUCUAGUUUUACUUUUGUUAUUGCUAAGAAGCAAAUGUUUUCUUUCUUUAGUGUGUGCAGUUUUCAUAAAACAGCAUAACAAGCAAAUCUGCUCUUUGUCUUUGCAUGGUGAGAUUAUACUGUAUGUUUGGGAAGAAAUUAACACAUCCAGUUACUCAAUGCACAGACAUAUUUUCCAGAUUAACACUUGAAUUGCACAUAAAUACACGAAUUGCCUUAAUCCAUGAAACAUUUAUGAUUAAAUGGGGAGCCAUCCAUUUAUUGUUUAAAUAUUGUCCAAAAGGUUUAUUUGAUUUCAUGUUGAAAAAAAAAAUAGCACAAGGAAAUGUUUUGAUUUAUUCAUAUUCACAUGUCCUGGAAGUGAGAAUAAACAUGAUGGUACAUACUA